CGCCCCCACCUAUAGAGGCCCGGGAGACGAGGGGGGGUGUCCACCGACCGCACGUUCGUCGUUCGUUUCCAGCGGGUCCGCCGUACAGUGAGGCGAAGCUCGCCGUGAACUAGCCACCCUCCCCCGGGUUCGGAGCGGGACUUCCCGGCCGAGCAGUGUUCACGGAGGUUGCCGUCUCGCUCGCUCGCUCGCUCGCGGCGGAUGGUGCGCGCCCUCCCCGAAAACAGCACCAAGCUUAGUGGCGCACACCUCGGCGGACAUUUUUGUUUCUUAUCCGGGGUCCGGAGGAGCCUUCACUUCACUCCCGCGAGGGGGGGACAUGCGAGGACACGGAGAGCUCGUGUGCAUCCGACAAGACCGCGGCGGCCGGCGGCGCUGAAACGCUCGUGGGCCCUCUCUGGCGUUUGCCAAAGUGAGCUUCAAGGCUCCGUCAUGUGAACAAGGCUCCACCUUUUGACCGUCUCGACUGUGAUUCCGAGUGGAUUUUGCGAGGAGGACCCGAGCCUGCCGUCCGUCCCUCCAAGGCCUUGGCCAUGCCUCAGCCGGGUACGAAUGGCAUGGAGCCCGCUUUUGGCGAGGCCUACGGAGGCCACCGAGCUCUACUCGGCCCCUACGCCGCCGCGUCGGCGCAAGGGGGUAGGACGGAGUACGACCAGGCUGCCUUCCUCCUCCCGCGCCACGCAGAGCAUCCUCCUCAUGCUGGGCUCGCCGGCGUCGCCCCGCAAACGGCCCUUUGAGCUGCUCAGCGACCUGGUGGACGACGGCGGCCUGGGCGAGGACCUGCACGCCGAACGCUGGGACGUGUCGGCUCUGGACGAGAUGGCCCGCUACGCCAAGCCGGGCCUGGCCGUGGCUUCCGAGGACGCCGUGCUCAUGGGCCGAUGGGGACGCGCUCGCGAGGAGGACGAGCCGGCCCAGAGGACCGCCCGAGACGAGGCGGGGCGAGGACGCGACGGAGGCGUGAGGAAGGGCAACGGCGGGGAGCUGGACGGCUCGCAGGUGACGGCGGAGGACCCUCAGAAGGAGAUGGCGGCGGCGGCGGCGCCGGCUUUGCUCCUGGAGCACUGCAGCGAGGAGCACAACUACUCCCUCAGCCAGGAAGAAGAGCCGCCCGUCAGCGUCCAGGAGGAGGUGCCGCAGGAGCACGGAGAGGAGAAGCUGGACGAGGACGACGAGGAUGACGAAGAGGACGAGACCGCGGCCGAUCUCUCCAGCUCAUCGGAAACGGAGUGCGAGGCGGAGCCCGCUAGGCCGGCGGGCCAGCGGCCGCCCAAGCGCCGCUGCUUCUGGGAGUACCGGCGCUCCCGCGAGUCUGCCGCCAAGAAGAAAAUGUGCGCGGGAGGCGAUUGGUCGCUGUCGUGGAGCUCCAGCACGCUGCCCAGCACGCUGUACCGGCGCCAAGGCAAGAAGGGUCGGCGCAAGGCCCGCAAGACGGACGCCAGCGACUUGACUCCCAACCCGCAGAAGCUGCACAACAUCGGCGAGCAGCUGCAGAAGCUCAACGCCGCCAUCGACAGCGUGGGGCCCGUCAACGACCUCCCCGCCCUGGCCAGGGCCCGCUCGCGCAAGGAGAAGAACAAGCUGGCCUCCAGGGCGUGCCGCCUGAAGAAGAAAGCGCAGCACGAGGCCAACAAGAUCAAACUGUGGGGGCUCAACCAGGAGUACGAGAACCUGCUGGGGGCGCUGCUGCGCAUCAAGGAGCUGAUCCGUCACAAGGUGGAAGGCGGCGGCGGCGAGCGAGAGGACGCGGACGAGCGAGGGAUGACACGGCGUCUGGAAGAUAUCCUGGCUGAGUCCAGCGGUCCUCUGGUGGCCGGGCGGACCAAAGACUUUGUGCAGAGGAUCUUGGCGGCCAGCGGGGGUCCCGGCCAGCGCAAGGAGCCCCCCCGGGAGGUGUCGCUCUGAAGCCCGCCCGGCUGCCUGCCUGCCUGCCUGCCCACGUCCCUUUGUGAGUGGAUGCUGCUCUUGUAAAAUACUGUACGCCCCUUUUUCCCACCGUGUGCUGUACUCGUACUCCAUCGUGCCUAUAAAUAGACAUUGCACUGUUCUGUAGACGCCGGCCGGCGAUGGCUGGGAGAGUAGGAUUUCUCAAACGUGAAGGGAAGACCAAGCACCCCCUUCAAAAAGGUCCCGUGGUAAUGUUGCGAUACCAAAUUGGACAAAAAAAGUCAUCACGUGGUGGCUGGAAAUUCAAUUACAAAUUCAGAAUUUGGAAGGGAGGGAAUCAAAGUCAACAAAUGACUUUUGAAUAAGUGUUAUGUUACAAAAAGAAAUGAAUCCAAAAAGUCAUCCUAAAUUCAGAUUUUAUUUUUGAAAAAAAUUCAUGGCAAGAUUAAAAAACCCAACUAUUUUCAUAAUAUUCAAUGUUUGUAUUCUAAAGGGCCAGCGCAUUGUCACAAGACGAUGACUUUUCUUCUCUAAAGCCGCUCUCAACUUUUUUUCUUGUAAUUCUCCAACUAUUUCUUUUGUGGAGCCUAAUUUGGCAAGCACUGAUUCAGAGGAUGCGAGGGGGGAUGUCUUUUUUUUUUUCUUUUUUUUUCCUUUUCUUGUGUGUGUGUAAAAACAAUGUUGAGUCCUGAUGUCAGAACAGCUGUAUGCCCGCCCUGCCCUGCCCUUGCCCCGCCCCGCCCUGCCCUGCCCCUGCCCCGAGCUUUAAGCUGCCCACUUCCUCUCCCUCGCCAGCUGCACCUUACUUCAUCCAAAGUGACCAAAGAGAAAAGAAAACACCAAAACCUCGCAGGUGGCGCCAAUAUUGAGCUUUUCUUUGAUUUUGACUGAAGCAACCUACCUACCAGCAGGCAGCCCAACUUUGGCCUGAUGAUGUAGCUAGCGCUCCUUUGAGAGUCCAUGGUGCAUGCGGCCGUCCAUUUCCCAACGGCCGCUUUCAGCCGUCGCUCUGGACACGCUAAGAGCACGACGGAGGUCGCACGACGGAGGUCGCAUGCAAAGGCCGCCGCUUGUGGGGCAUUUUAGCGCCAUCCUAAAAUGUCAGCGCAAAGUCCAAUAUUGGCAACUUGUUGUCUGUUGUUGACUUUGGCCACAUCUGCCUUUCUUCUGUGAAGCUUUAGACUGACGGUGUCCAAGGUCUCUAAAUGUUGUCGGACAUAAGAAAAAAAACGUUUGAAUUGCACUGUGGUUUAAAAACAACGAUGCACCUUGCCAGGGGACGACGCAAAGUCGUCCUUAAAAAAGAAAAAAAAAAGACUUUUGGCACCUUUCUUUCAACUGAAGCGGGAAGCGCUGAACUGAGCCGACUGCUUUCUGGCACGAGAGCGGCACUGCUUUUGUUUGUCACAAAGUGCCUAGCGUAGCCUCCUAGCGUAGCGAUUUUUGCUGUUGACACCGUGUUUCCGAAUCGUCCAUUAAAAUCACGACAAGAUUGACUUCCACGUUUUUGGGAGAGCCCAGCCGCUUGUUUCCUAGCGCUACGGCUCGGACAAAAGUAUUGCAGUGUCGGUCGGCGGUGUUUACAGUCAACAAGUCCCGUUUUCUUCGUCGAAAGCAGCAACUAAAUGUCGUUUUUUUUUUUCCCUCUCUCUUUGGCCAGAAAGCAGUCAGCCCAUUUGUUUGCGCUGCGCUUGAAAAGACGUCGCCCGAGGCAAUAAUUGCAAACAUUCCGCCAGCUUCUUGUCAAAUAAUGUACUUUGUCGGCGUCCCUGAGUCCCGCACGGCACGGCACGGCACGACGGACGACAGACACUACUCCUGCGCUAGCUCGUCUUUCUUUGAACACAUUGACAGAACACAGUCAACCUUUAAGGUAGAAAAGAAAGCAAACAAGUGCCGUGAAAAUCGACCUUUUGCUUUUUGUGCGUCUUUCUUGUCAACUGCUCUAAUGUAUAUUUGAAUAUUUAGAUGCAGCCGUUGUAUUAAAAGUAUAUUUUUAAAAUACAA